GACCAAAGAUGUGAAACAGAGGCUGGGUUGUCGGGAAGGAGGUGCAGCUGAAGUAAAGAGUCACCCAUUUUUUAAGAGCAUGAAUUUCAAACGUCUGCAAGCAGGAAUGCUGGAACCCCCUUUCGUCCCUGAUCCGAGAGCAGUGUACUGCAAAGAUGUGUUGGACAUUGAGCAAUUUUCAACUGUCAAGGGAGUGAACCUGGACCAAACUGAUGAUGAUUUCUAUUCCAAGUUUUCUACAGGCUCUGUAUCUAUCCCAUGGCAAAAUGAGAUGAUAGAAACAGAAUGUUUUAAAGAACUAAACGUGUUUGGACCAAAUGGUACUAUCUCACCGGACCUUAACAAAAACUACCCUCCAGAGCCACCGAAGAAAGGAUUGCUGCAUCGAAUAUUUAAACGUCAGCAUCAGAACAAUUCCAAGAGUUCUCCAAACUCAAAGGCCAGUUUAAAUCAUCACAUAAAUUCCAACCACGUCAGCUCAAACUCUACUGGAAGCAGUUAGUUUUUUCUGGCUUGUGAGAACCUGCAUAUCGCAUCCUUCCACUGGUAGCAUAUCAAGCACCAAGGAUGAGACGAGCACCCAUCAUUGAGCUAGAAGAUCAACAGUUUCUAACUGAGGAAGAUUUUUUCUCCCCUCUCUGUUCCUUCCAGGGGAGCUUCCCAUUUUACAAAGAUAUUUACUCUCAGGUCUGUUUUUGGGGGUGGCACUUGAGGUCUUAUGACUCAACAUUGUCUCUGUAGGACACUGCAAUAGAAAUUGGAGGCUGACAACUUGCACGUAUUUAAAAUUGCAUCCUAACUAGAACUGAAUUUUGUCCUUAUUAUUUUUAAAGAAAAGGUUUUGUAAAUUUCUCUAUUGUCUCAGUUUACAUUUUGUACAUUUGUAUUUAAAUGAAAGUCGGACUUGGGGGAUGUAUAUUUUCUGAGCAGCAGCUUGUAAAGCCAUGUGUUUUAAGACUUUUUAGUGUUGUUUUUUUUUUAAAGAAAAACAAAGUGAUCAAUACUUCCAGUCUCAAAAUGAGGGUUUUUUGUUUUUUUGGUUUUGGUUUUGUAAAUAUCGAAAAUUGUACAUAUGUUCCUUUUUCCUAUUGCUUCAGUUGAUACUUUUUUUAUAACUAACUUCAUUUUUGUCUGUCUGUGUGUGUUUGUUUUUGGUUAACGGCAACACUGCAGACUAGUGUCUUCCCUUCCCUCUGUUUUGUUAAAAGCCUUGCAUUUAAUGCAAACUUAGACAUACAAAGUUUGGUGUCUCUAGAGAGGCUAAAAAGCUAUGUCUGAAGUUCAGGAUGUCAUGGGACCAGCAUUGUUGCUAUUUGCACUUUUUGUAGCUAGCCUUUUAUGUUUGUUGCUGAAAAAUCAAACUCUGUUUAAAAUCUCGCAUCACUUUUCCUUCUCUGGGCUGGAAUAUUGGUAGAAAAAGAGUGAGCACACAGUCAUUUGCUCUCAAUAUGGGAAGUCCGACCUUGGCUGCUUCUUUCAAGCAAACAAUAAGAGUCUAUCCAGAUUUCAUUGUUUCUCAAGUUGGUUUCACCUUUAAGCGGGCUUGCACAGAUCAUGGAGAAAUGGCUCUUGGAUCUGCAGAAAUGCCCAUUCAAUUCCUGAGUCUCCACUGCACUGAUCUACAACCAUCUAUUUGCUAAUGUAUUCACUGCAUCCCAGAACAAGAGUACAAUUGGUGUGGUUGGUGUAGUCUGUAUGCCAGCUGGUGCUUCCCAAUACUCCUGCUCUCUUGGAUGUAGCUUCUUUUGCUCUGGCUUCAGUUUAUGAUAUGGCAAAAAUGAAGGGAGUUCAAAAUCAGGAAGCUGAGCUCUUAAUGGGAGCUUCUGUACCUAAUAGAAUUUUUCAGCUGUCCAAUCUUCAUUGUUCUAAGAACUUCAGAGAUACCUGUACCAGUAUCCUUGCCAGUAAUCUGGAAAAAGAUGUAAUAGUUAGAAGAUCUUUAAACAUCUUGGCUACUUUCUGGUUCAUAAGGUGUGAAUGAAUUGCAUGGAUUCUCUUUCCCUGAUUGAGGGAGUCAAACUUUGAACAUUAAGUUAUGAAGAAGGAAGAAUGGUACAAUUUCUUGUGGGGAUGUAAUUCAUAAAUAAUCUGUUUUUUAAUAUUUUGCAGUGCAUUUAUGGAAAAUUUAAGAGCUUUAAACUGCAGAAAUGGAGAUUACAUAAACACCAGUGGAAGCUCACCAUCUAUACCCAGAAUACUACAAACAGUUGUAUCCCACAUCAGUUUUAAAAGGUGGGAUUUCAGAUGGUUUAAUGUCUCUUCGUUCUGUAUUUUUGAUUUCCAGGAAAAUACAGUUUCAAAUAUUCAGUAAUUUUGAGUAUUUCAAAUACUCAAUAAUUUUGAAAGAAAUUUAUCUCAUAUGGCAUCUGAAUCAAUUUUGAAUGUCUGUUUGUCCUUUUAAAUUGGAAAGACAUGGGUCCUUCCCCAGGAAACAGGCUGUGUUUAAACAAAGAUUUAUGAAAUGUAUUAACUGUGGAUUGGAAUAUGCUUGUUUUCUGCAGGUAAUAGUAUUUCGAAGACGGGGGACCUGUUUCCAAGGUUUUGGUCUCAUGACAAAUUUUUAAAGGAUAAACUUAGAUGUUUCAAAAAAUGAGUGGUUGAUGUGAAACAUGUUGAGUUCUUCCUCUCAGGUAUUUUAACAUGUAGCAAAGCCUCCUAUAUCUACAUAAAGUAUUUCCCAUCAAUGACAACAAGGACACCUGAUCAUAUCACAAAGAGAAAGGUGGGAACUCAACACUAGGAAGCCAUUUGCAUUGGCAGCCUGUGACAUUAGAAGCAUUUAAUACUUCUGCCAUAAUCAUUCUUGUGGUCAAGCGUGAUCAAUAAUCUAAACUAUGAAGUCUCUGAAAGUCAGAUGAAAAGAGAGAAAGAUCUGACAUAUACUGCUGCCCAUAUCAAGGGCAUAAAUGCUUCUUUUUGACAUCACCAGUUUAUAAAAAUUCAGCUGUUCAGCAGCACUGGAUAUCCAGCUUUCAAAAGGGUAUGUAAAUGUGUGCAUCUCUUUGUAUUCACACACGCACACGUGAAUUCUCUAAUAUCUCAUACACUCCGAAUAAAAUGAUAGUGACCAAGUACAAUGCCAUACUUAAGUUUUGCAUGUGUAACUUCAUGAGUAAUUCUUAUUGGAACAUCAGCCCCAACUUUCUCUGGUAGGCUGAUAUGUAUGAUUAACUAAUGCAAGGGGUUGAUGUCAGUUAAAAUAUGGGCUGUAUUAAUCUGAAAUGAAGAUCUAGGUAAUUUACCUCUAAAAGAGGACAGUUGUCUUAGAAUUGCUGGUUCUAUAGUAAGGGAUGUUUACAGAAAUCUUUCUAAGUUCUUGAGGGCAGGUCAUCUUUCUUUCAGAUAAUACAGUAAAAGCAAUUUUAAUUUUGAGUGAUCCAUGAAAAAGACAGACAAUGACCACUCUCAGUAAGGAGUAUUUACAGUGUCAUCCACUGAAGGCAGGUAUUUCAUGCAUUAACACUGCUAUUUCUGCCCUCUCAUAUGCUUCUGUCAAAAUACAGAUCACAUCAUAGCCUCUUUUCUCUUCCAGCUCUACUUUCCUUCCACAUUUCCUUUUCAUUAUGAUAACGGUCUCCUAUUUCCCUAGGGCAAUUUCAUUGGAAUGGUGUUCCAGAUAGUAAUAGGCAAAAGCUCAACACAUUUUUGGCAGUCUCAGCAAACAAGAGCAAAACUGAGUUAGGUGGUAGAAAGAAGAUCGACCUUGGGGUUGGGGUGGGGGGGCUAUUUAAGUCUUUUUUAAAAAGGCAUCCAGAAGCUGUGAAUUUUCUUUCAGUGUUUUUCAUCACUAUUUGCAACUUUUUAACAAUAAUGACAGAUACAUUACAGCAAUAAAAACACAACUUAGCUUUGUAUAGAACAUGUUUUUUAUUCUUUUUUUAAAUAUAUAUAUUAAAUUCAAAAUAGCUUGUGGGGUGCUAUAAGACCCUUAAACUGGAACUCUUGUAUUGUUUAAACAUUUUCCCUUUAUAAAUGUUCAAGUAUCUAGAUUAAAUUCUCACCUAAUUUAUAAGAAUCAUGGAACAUAUGCUACUUUUUCAGUUGGCUUAUCUGUCUAUGAAUUAAUUAAAUUAUUUUGCAAUUAUUUAUUGUAUCUCCCUUUGGUAGUCAAAUUGUAGACAGUAACAAAAACAUGAAUUUCUGUGAGGCCAAGCUGUCAUUUGGAUUUUCAUUUCACAAGUCUUAUAAGGGUACAAUAGCAACCUUUCUAUAGUAACCAAGAGGAUAAGCAGUAGGAAGUCUGACAUCAGGUGACAUUGUUAAUAUUAAGAUCAGUAAGUACAUGAAGAAAGGGAUAUAACAUCCAUUCAUCUGCCUUUAUUUAUUCUGAUUAUUUAGGAAUAUAAUUCCAUGACCCCCUUGCCAAGAAAUUCUAAUAUGCAGGUGCACCAUUGUGAAUGAUCUUUCCUCACCUUCUCUAUGUACAAUUGACACUUGGAUUGGCCACUGCGUAGGAAAAUUGGAUAAUCUGUUUGAAGGGAAGGAAUUCUACUUUUUAUAAGAUCAGAAUAUUUGUUUGAUAGUUGAGCUCCAUCUACUAUUUACUACUAGCUGCUACUUGGCUUUUUUUAACUGGAGAUGCUGGGAAUGAACUUAGGAUCUUCUGAGUGAAGCUUAUGUGCUCUGCAAGAAAGUACCUUCCUCCUAAUUCAAUAGUGAUAGGGAGCUUAUGGUUGGGUUCUCCCUCCCCAUUGGAAUGCUCUUUUAUGGUGAAGCACAGUGUCAUAUAUUCAAAGAAAACAGAGGUCAAAAAGAGUCCCAGAUUCCUUAUAUUUUACCAAAUAUGGGUGUGUGUUGUUGGAAGAGCAAUAUUUUUACACUCUUGGGUGCUUGGUGUGGGGUUCUCCUUCUCCUCUUUUGCACAUGCAGAACCAGACACAGCUUGCAGCCUGAUUUCACAUGCAGCUUGACUUUGCCAGGAUGGAACACCUGUAUAAACAUGUCAGAAUUGAAUCAUUCAGAUGUAUCUAAAACAGGGUGGUACUCCAUCUCUGGACAUUGCAACAAUUAUUCUGCAUGUCUGUGACACAGGUGCCAUAAGUUGAGGAUCAAAACAAAGCUAAGUCUGAGAAAGAAGUUUUUAUUUCUGUUUGUGCCAUAACUUGCCAUGGAUGCUUAAGAGAUCCUUGUUUCGUUUUCGAUUUUGUUUUUAAUCUCUACAAGAGGCAGUGGAUAUUACUCCAGAGUUGCAUUUCUGAGUAACUAAUUAUUUUCAUGAACUCAGUUGUAGAUGACUAUAGCAGACUCUUGAUUAAAAUAGUGAGGUCUGUAUUAGUAGUAUAUUUAACACUAAACUUUUAAAAAAUUACAUUUGCACACUACUUCAUGGGUUC